AGAGACUCAGAAUCCCACCCGGUCUUGAAAAACGCACCCACAGACUUUCAAAAAGAGGAAACUACUUGCGCUGCAACAGCCCCCACCCACCCCACUUGUCCUCCCAAAUUCACUGAAUCCGACCACCUCACGCCACCCCUAUUCCUAUUCCCAUGGAUUUUAAUCUCAAUUUCAUUCAAACCUCAAUCACAAUUCACAUUUCACAUCUCCCUUUUCCUCAUUCCGAUCUUCAUCUUCAUCAGGUCGAGAAUUUGUAGAUCGAAAAGCGAAUACUGUACAUGUUCCUGAAGAGUUAUAAAUUAUAUAAGUUAAUAAGUUAUAACCCUUUCCUAUAGAGAAGAUCGAUCGAUCACAUUGGGAUAAAGUCAAGUGUUGUUAUGGAAGUGAGAAGAAUGAACAUGAAGAUGAGCGCUCAUGAAAGCGGUGGUGCGACAAUGGUGGUACAAGGGGGAAAGAAAGCGGUGCCGGCGCCGGCGGUGUAUGAUGACCGAUCAUCGUCAAGUAAUAGUUUUGGAGGAAGAAGGAUGACGAUGAUAUCAAAAUCGAAAACCAGAAGCAGCUAUUUCAGUUUGGAAUCAAUGGUGGUGCUGGUAGGUUUAACGGUGUCAUUGCUGAUACUUCCGUUGAUACUUCCGCCGCUGCCGCCGCCGCCGUUCAUGCUGUUGCUUCUUCCGAUCUUCAUUUUGGGUGGCCUCAUUGUAUUCGCCUUCAUGCCUUCGUCGUCGUCGUCGUCGUCCACCUCUCGUCAUAAAAACAUCGCAUAAUCGCUAUUUUUUUUUUUCUAGUUAAAUUCUUUGUUAUUUUUGUUUUCGAAAUAUUGAAUAUUAUGAUUUGUGCUAGUUUUAACUUUUAAGAGAUGUAAAGAAGGCUUAUACAUUUAGUUAAUUACUCAAAAUGUUCAUCA